AUGGCCGCGCGAGCGGUCUCGGGCUCUGGCUUCCUAUCUCGCUUCAUGAGCAACAAGCCAGAGAAUGUCGUUUACCAGGGACCGGGCACCACGCGGUUGGCCGCCGGGGGAGAUGACGGCGGCAAUGGCUCUGCGACGCGCGUGACCCUCAGGACGAUCGACAAGAAGUUCCGCGCGGGCGAGCGCCUCACGAUGGUCACCGCGUACGACUACCCCAGCGCGGUGCACUGCGACCUCGCAGGGAUCGACAUGUGCCUGGUCGGGGACUCGGCGGCGAUGGUCGUGCACGGGCACGACACGACGCUCCCGAUCUCGCUGGACGACAUGAUCACGCACUGCAAGGCGGUGGCGCGGGGCGCGUCGCGGCCGCUGCUGGUGGGCGACCUGCCGUUCGGGUCGUACGAGAACGGCACGUACGACGCCGUGCAGUCCGCGGUGCGGAUGAUGAAGGAGGGCGGCAUGGACUGCGUGAAGCUCGAGGGCGGGCAGGCGGCGCGCGUGGCGGCGGCGCGCGCCAUCGUCGGGGUGGGCAUCGCCGUCAUGGGGCACGUGGGGCUCAACCCGCAGAGCAUCAGCGUCCUCGGCGGGUUCCGCCCGCAGGCCCAGACGGCGUCGGACGCGCUGCGGGUGGUCAAGGAGGCGCGGGCGCUGCAGGAGGCGGGGUGUUUCGCGGUCGUGCUGGAGUGCGUGCCGCAGAGCGUCGCGGCGGCGGUGACGGAGAUGCUGGACAUCCCCACCAUCGGCAUCGGCGCGGGGCCGCACGUGUCCGGGCAGGUGCUGGUGUACCACGACCUGCUGGGGAUGAUGCAGCACCCGCACCACGCCAAGGUGGCCCCGAAGUUCUGCAAGCAGUUUGCGCAGAUCGGGGAGGCCGUUCAGGAGGGGCUGCAAGCCUACCGGCGGGAGGUGGAGGAGGGGACGUUCCCGGGGCCCGAGCACUCGCCCUACUCGAUCAAGGAGAAGGAGGUGCAGGGCCUCGUGCGCGGGCUGCGCGGCAUGGGCAUGGAGUCGGCCGCAGACGCAGUCCUGCGCGCGUUCGGGGGCCACCCGUACGGCGGCGGCAGGAGCGGGUACGGCUGCUGA